CGUAGCUAGUGCUGCUUAAGGCUGCAUUGCUGCAAGUGCCACCCACGCGAGCGCUACGCAUACAUACAUACGCAGCAAAUCGCGCUCCAACCCAGGACGCUGCGGCUGUUUGCAUUGCGAUAGCUAUAUCAGGCCUAAUCAGGCUGCCCGGCACGGCGUCGAGGAUCGUGCGCAACCAAAAAUGUCGGACUCGCUCCUGCGCCAGACGGCGCGCGCGCGGCCGCGCAAGGUGCCGCGGCGGCUCCGGCACGACGGCACUUAUGCGCGGGCGACGAACACGUACAACCUCUUCCUGGUCAUGACGGUCAUCGCCGUCGCCUUCUUUUUCCUCCUUGCCAGCACGCUCCACGGCAGCGGCCUCGAGGCGGCCGAGCGCGGCGACUUCUCCCGCGGCGGGGGGGACCACGGCCUGCACGCGCUGCGCCGGAAUCGCGCGCACGUGCCCCACGUGCCCCACGUGCCCCACGUGCCACACGUGCCCCACAUUCCCGCCGCGCCGGAGCCGGCGCCGCCGCCCCGGCGGCCCGUCGACGACGCGCCGGUGCCGCCGCCGAAGCUUGAUGUGUGGGAGGACCCCGUCCUGCGGAAGGACGACGCCGCCAUCGCGGCCGAGCUCGCGCGGCCCGACGACGCCGAGGCCGCGGCGUCGAAGCGGCGCGCCCUCGCCGUCGACGCGCGGAAAGCGGUAGAGGCCGAGAUGAAGGCGAGCGCGGGGCCCCUCAAGGCCAUCCCCGCGGACAGCCCCUACAAGCCCUGGGCGCUCGACGCGAAGAACCAGCGCUGGCGGCUCCAGGCGAUGCACCCCGGCGAGAACCCGAGCGCCGCCCCGGCCGACGCCUGGAUCUCAAAAGCGGAAGAGGCACGUAAAAAAAUCAAUGGCAAGCCGCCCCUCCCACGAAAGGAACCGCCCGUAAAUCAGGACGGCACGCGCACGUAUCAGAUAGCGGGCAUGCGGCGGGAUUUACCUUAUGGUGAGCCCGCUUCGACGAUCUUCAUCGUGACGGCGUCCUACCGCGACCCGGAAGUAGCCUCCACGAUCGCGCGGGCCUUCAUGCGCGCGGCGCACCCGGAGCGGAUCGUGGUAGGCGUCCAUGCACAAAACGCCGAAGGUACUAACGAGCCCGAGCGCGACCCUAUUGCGGGUCUCGAGCAGGCCGGCGUCAAGUGCCCGGACCACCCCGUCUGCGACGCCGUGUUAGAUGGGAGGGUCCGGGUGUCGCGGCAGCUUUGGAGUCGGGCGGAAGGGCCGACCGUCGCGCGGCACUACGCGGAGAGGCACUACCAGAACGAGACCUAUGUGAUGGGCGUCGACAGCCACUGCCACUUCGUGCGAGGCUGGGACAAUGUUCAAAUAGACAUGUUUAGGAGGAUAGGAAAUGAUCACGCGAUCAUCACCGCGUAUCCGGCGAGUUACGGACCCGCGAACCAGGGCGGCGACGGGUCCGAGCCCUUCGAGCCGCCGACCGAGGUUCCUUCGAUAGGCUGCAUACGACGCACGAGGCGCGUGAACGUGCACAACACGAUUUCAUUUAAACAUGACAUGUCCACGUGCUCUACGCCCAGCGAACCAAAGCGCGUCGCGUUCUUCGCGGCGGGGUUCUCGUUUGCGCGGGGCCAUCGGGUAUUACGGGUGCCCUACGACUGGCACACGCCCUACAUUUUUGAUGGGGAAGAAAUUAGUUUGGGCGUCCGGGCGUGGACGUGGGGCUACGACCUCUACCAGCCGGACCGGAACAUCAUCGGGCAUUUGUAUAUUCCCGCUGGGUCACCAUUGCGCCCGGUCUUCUGGACGACGGACUGGGGCAAGCGCUGGCCGUGCCAGUACCGGUCGUUGCUGCGCAUCCAGGAGCAGCUCGAUUUACAUAAAGUGCUGACGCCGCGCGAGUCGCUGGGCCCGGUAGAUCGCGACGACUGGGCCCAGUACGCGGCCGGGCCGCGGCGGUCGCCUUCAUCGUUUUUCGAGUGGGCGAAAGUGCCUGUUGUGAAUGAGUGGGGCGACAAGUGCCAAGGGCCCAACGGUCGGACGGGGCGCCAGUUCUGCUACACGGCGGACCUGGGCCCGGACUUCGCGCGCGCCGGCGGCAUGCCCUACGUGCCGUGGCGCGCGGGCACGGACGGCGCGUGGCCGCCGCUCGUCAGGUCGGCGCGGUACCCGCCGCCGGCCGCGGAGCACUGGCACGGACCAGCUUAAGUGUUUUUGU